UUGUGUGCAAUUUGGUUUUCCAUUUGGAUGACUUUUCUAUGAGUUGACCCUCCUUCCUCCCUUAAGGAUCCUUCAAAUUGAGAUUUUGCAGCUCUCCCAUAACAAUGAGUACCAGGACACAGCAUGAAGCAUCCUCCUCAUCGAAACGUUGGACGCACGACGUGUUCUUGAGCUUCAGAGGCGACGACACACGCAACGGUUUCACAGGCCACCUCUACAUGACACUGAAAGAGGCUGGAGUCGACGCUUUCAUUGACAACCAGCUAAGAAGAGGGGAAGAAAUAACAACCGAACUGGUUCAGGCAAUCCGAGGGUCUAGGAUUUCUGUCAUCGUCUUCUCAAAGAGAUAUGCAGAUUCAAGCUGGUGUCUUCAGGAGCUUGUGGAGAUCAUGGACUGUAGGAGAAGACUUGGACAAAUAGUCUUGCCAGUAUUCUACGAUGUCGAUCCUUCACAUGUCAGGAAACAGACUAGUGGUAGUUUUGCACAAGCAUUUCAGAAACACGAAGAAAGCUUUCAUCAAGAUACCGAUAAGGUAGCGAGGUGGAGAGCUGCUCUUACGGAAGCUUCAAAUUUGUCCGGUUGGGAUCUCAUAAACACUGCAAAUGGGAAUGAGGCAGAGCUUAUCAGAAAAAUUAUUGGCGAAAUCACUAAGCAACUCGAUAGCAAAUACUUAAGUGUAGCCGUCUACCAAGUUGGAAUAGAUUCUCGGGUGAAAGAGAUUAACAGCUUAGAUGGGGGAUCAUACGGUGUUCAAAUGGUCGGAAUUUGGGGUAUGGGCGGAAUGGGGAAAACAUCAGUUGCAAAAGCCAUCUAUAACAAGUUCUACCAUAGCUUUCAUUACAAAAGUUUCCUUGCAAAUGUUAGGGAAACUGCAAAGGAACCGAAUGGCAUGACGAAUUUGCAAGAAAAGCUUCUUUCUGAUAUCUUCAAACCAACCAAGGUGGAGGUUGGUGAUGUUCAUAGAGGUAUUAAUGUGAUAAAAGAAAAACUUCGAAGCAGGGCGGUACUGGUCAUAAUUGACGAUGUAGAUCAUGUGGACCAACUAAAUGCUUUAGCUGUAGCCCGUGACUCCUUUGGUCGAGGAAGUAAAAUUUUUAUUACAACAAGAGAUCGACACCUACUAGAGCAAGUUGAAGUUAAUAUAAUAUAUCUGGCUCGAAAAAUGAAGGAAGAAGAAGCUCUUGAGCUCUUUAGUUGGCAUGCUUUCCGAAAUCGUUGUCCUAAUGAAGAAUAUGUUGAACUGACAAGAAGUGUUCUUGGUUACUGUGGAGGCUUGCCGCUUGCUCUUGAAGUUUUAGGGUCGUUUCUGUUUAAAAGAAGCAUAAGAGAUUGGACAAGCACAUUGAAGAAGUUGGAAAAAAUUCCUCGUUUCGAAAUUCAAGAAAAGCUUAAAAUAAGCUUUGAUGCUCUAAGUGAUGAGGAUGAGAGGGAAAUAUUCCUUGAUAUAUCUUGUUUCUUCAUAGGAAUGGACAAGAACUAUGUCACAAGGAUCUUGGAUGGUUGUGGGUUUUUUGCAGAAAUCGGAAUUAGUGUCCUCCUUCAACGAUGCCUUGUAACUGUCGAUGAGAAAAACAAGCUCGUGAUGCAUGAUCUACUUCGAGACAUGGGCAGAGAAAUCGUGCGUGCAAAAUUUCCAAACCACCCUGGCAAUUGUAGUAGAUUGUGGCGCCAAGAAGACGCAAUAGGUGUACUGACAGACAAAUCUGGAACGGAAGAUAUUGAAGGACUCGCCCUAAAUUUGCUAAGAUCAGACAAAACUAGUUUCAGUAUGAAAGCGUUUAGAAAGAUGAAGAGGCUAAGAUUGCUCCAACUUAAUUGUGUACAUCUCACUGGAGACUACAAACAUCUUUCCGCGAAGUUAAGAUGGCUCUGCUGGCGAGGAUUCCCUCUAAAGUUCAUACCAAAAGAAGCAUUAAAUCAAUUAAGAAGCCUAGUUUCUAUCGACCUACGGUAUAGCAAUCUCAUACAGUUUUGGAAGCAUUCUAUGUUGCUCGAGAAGUUGAAGAUUCUGAAUCUCAGCCAUUCGUACUUCCUAAAACAAUCGCCAAACUUCUCAAAACUGCCAAAUCUUGAGUAUUUGAUACUCAAGGGCUGUAAGAGCUUGCUGGAGAUUCACCACUCCGUAGGAUGUCUUGAAAGACUUGCCUUGGUAAAUCUCAAAGACUGCAUAAUGCUCAAGGAUCUUCCAAAGAGUUUCUAUAAGUUGAAACACGUUGAAACUCUUGUUCUUUCUGGCUGUUCAAGAUUUCAAAACUUGGUUGGGGAUAUAGGAGAGAUGGUAUCAUUGACAACUCUUCUUAUAGAUAACACAGCCAUAGAAGAAUUACCAUAUUCUUCCAUAGCACGGUUGAAGAACCUGACACGUUUAUCUCUAUGCGGUCUGAAACUUAUAGAACCCAACCCUUCCGUUUGGCCUUUGGUAUUGACAAGAGAAUAUCCUCCUGAAUUACAUUGCUCAAUUUCUUCCGAAGAUUUCAGGACUAUCGACAUGGAUAGCAACGAAUUUUAUAUCCUUCCGAGGAAUCAUAAGCAAGACAACGAGCGAAGAUGGUGUCAUUUCCCCCCCUGGAAAUGAUAUUGCCAAGUGGUUCACAAAUGUCGACAAUGAGGGUGAUCGAGUCUGUUUCCAAGUGCCUCAAACCACUGGUUCUUACUUAAAAUCGUUGACUGUGUGCACCGUUUAUUCUUCAUCAUUACACAAGGACGCACCUCUUAAUCAUUUUGCUAUAUUUAUUACGAAUCAUACCAAGAUCAUCAGCUUCGUUGUCCGGCCAAUGGAUCCCUACACAAUAACUUCAAAUGAAGUCAUUUGGCAAGGACAUUUAUCAAACAAGGAGCUCAGCUUGGAAAGGGGAGACUCCAUUGAAGUUUAUAUUGUGAUGGGAUCUGGUUUCAGGGUGAAGAAAACUGGGGUACAUCUCGUAUGGGAUCCCGAGUUGAUCAACGAAAAUGUGAUUGAGUUCGAGUCUAUCCCAUAUGCUUAUUUUCGUAGUGAUGUGGAGUAUGAGGCAGGACCGAGUCAUGCCCCAUGAGAUGAGGAUCGAUCACCCGAGGACUUGAGGUACGUAUGAUGAUCACCCCACUAUUCAAAGGAGUACAGAUGAACAAUUGGAGCAGGGAAACAGCGAUGAAGCUAUGCGGAUAGUGAGGAGCUUUAUACUUCAAGUUGGAGAACAGUUUGGACUACCACUUAAUUUUAUGUUUUUAUUUUACAGAUGAUUUUCUGAGCUAAGGAAAGACUUGAAUUCAUAUAGACAACGUCGCUUAAUGCGAUAGACUUUGUUGUUAUUGUUGUAGUAGUAUUUUACAGCUGUUUUUCUCGUCUACAAAACAUUUUGCUUUCCACAAUCAGUGGUGGGGUUUGUAAGAAAUAUUUGGUGAUGCAAUAGAGAGAGUCCAAAGUUUGUUUGGCUGCA